AUGGAUGCGGCCAACCGAAGCGAGGUACUGCACGCGGCGCACGCGUGGACGGGCGGCCGGCGUCGCAACGAUGGUGAUGACGAAGGCGGCGAGGCCGACAACGAGGACGCGCCAUCCCGCGCGGUCGCUCCGGGGAAUGCUGGCCAGGAGCAGCUCGGCAGCAUGAGCUGGUGUUUGGCCAAGGACAUGAAAGACAAGAUCGUCAACCAAGUCCUCCCGCACGGCUACAUCUCGCCGGACCUUUCAAAGGGCAACGAGGUGUUCUCUGUCCCCAUUUUCAAUGACGUGGAUGAAGACAGGUCUCUCCUUGACUUCGACUACAUUGCCCACCCAAAAUUUCCAUUGUCCCUCGUGCCUCCACCGGUAAAGCUGUAUCAGGGCUGCCGUUGUGUGGUGUGUGGGUCGGACUACAGCUGCUUGAGGAAGAAUGGUGGAGGUGCGGUGUACAAUGAGGAUGGCACCCUCAUCAGGGGAAGACCAGUAGUGUAUGAGUGUGGUGCUCUUUGUGGUUGCACCACGAGGAGCUGCUUCAACAGGUCGACCCAAGUUGGGAUGGAGCACCGGCUGGAGGUGUUCAGGUCCAUGCAGACGGAUUGGGGUGUCAGGACACUGGACUUGAUACAGCCAGGCGCUUUUGUAUGCGAGUACAGCGGAGACGUGGUCACUGGCGAUGUCACCAUGGAUGAGGGCUGCGUCAUUGAUCCAAAGAGGUUUCCCAAGAAGUGGAGAGAGUGGGGAUAUGCCUCUGAUGCACUUCUAGAAGACAAGGAGUACGUCCACAUCGAAGUUCCCCAAGCUGUGCUUCCCGAUACUGUGUGUGAAUCAGUUCUUCUGCCUCAGUUCCCCCAUUUCCAAGAGCCAGGCUAUAUACUCGAUGUGUCUCGCCGGAGGAAUUUUGCCAGCUACAUUAGCCACAGUUGCAUCCCCAAUGCCUUUGUCCAGUUUGUUAUCCGUGCAGGGGAAAAUCAGUCAUGCACUCACCUGAUGGUGUUUGCCAUGGAUGUCAUCCCACCUAUGCGGGAGCUGAGCAUCGAUUAUGGCAUAGAUCAGCAAAUUUGUUCAUGA